AUGGACUUGCUGGCGUCGAGCCUUAUGAUGCCGUCCACAACAACAACAGAACCAUCAGUAGCAGAGCAAAUAGCACAUCUGACAGCCGAGAAUUCGUCCCUAUCACUAUCAUCCGGAUCACAACAAGCGUCGCCAAUUCAACCAACUACCACAACACCAGUGCAAACAUCGGAAAAUAUGGAACGACCUUCACUUUCAUAUAAAGAUCUGAUAAUUGAAGCCAUUGAGAGUAGUCCAGAUAAACGGCUAAAACUCAAUGAAAUAUAUCAGGUGAGUAGGUUUUUUUUUGCAUCUCAUGGGAAAAAACACAAUUUUUUGAUCUACCAUAUGAUUCAUGGUUGCCUUUGUUCGCAAGGAGGCAGUCAAUUUUCAAAAAGUGCGUUCGUACUUUCCAUAGGCUCCAAAUAUGUAUGAAUAGAAGCUCUUUCUCUCAUUCCGUGUUUCUUUUCCCUCUAUAUUUUUUGCUUGUUCGCCGGUCCAGGGUCCGGAAAAGGUCAUUUAUAUAUGUAUAGUGGAAUGUUAUUUUUCUGCUCGUUUUUUUUGUCAGAAAAAAAAACUUUCUGAAAAAAACACAUUGCUCUUUUCAACACACAAACACAAGUUGAGAGUGUUUGGCAAAAGUCAAUAUGAAUGGAAAAAAGCCAGAAAAAAAUAUAUGAUGAAGGGAAACAAACUAUUUUGACAAAAUAGCAAAACCUCAUGAUUCAGGAGACGGCUCUAUUUGCGUUUCUACAGUAUUCCAGAAUGAGAGAAAGUUGGAAAAUAUGAGAGUUCACAGUUUAUGUUUGUUUUCUGCUGACUGACGCGGCGGCAGCGAAAAACUUUGGCAAAAUUUUGAAGGGGAAACUUGAAGGAUAGAUCAAUAACAAAUGAGAUGUUUGCAGGUUAUCAGACUUCUUCAUCCGUAUUAUCGUCAUCGACCAGAUCAAUGGGGAUGGCAAAAUUCGAUUCGACACAAUUUGAGUCUACAUGAUUGUUUUGUGAAGCUACCAUUAAAGCAGACAUCCGCCAGCGGUGUUGUCGGUGAGUAGACUUUAUUAGACCACGUUUAUUCAUUAGUUUGCUCUCUCUCUCUCUCUUUCUUUUUUGAUUUUUGCCGAGCAGGUGAGAAAAAAACUUUUUAUUUUUUAUUUUUUGUUGGCUAGCCGUAUAUAUAUAUAUACACAUAAAGAGAAGAAGAAGAGGGCGAAUAACAAUUUUUAUGACCCGCGCGCCUAUGAAUUCGGCUUGGGCAUCUGAUUAAAAAAAUUUGUUCAGCCAGAAGGGCAAUAAAAUUGUGGUGGGGGGAAAGUGCGACAAUAAUUGAGGGCAGAAACAAAAACACGGGGUUUUUUUAACUUUUCAAUUUUGCAGGACACUUCUGGACAGUGGUACCCGAAUUGAGUGACAAACAGACUUUACGGAGAAGGAAUCGCGCACAAGCAAGGACGAAUUCCAAGAAGAGUGAUGCUGGUCGAACAUUGUCUCGAGAUGAUCGAGCAAGUUCGGGUAGCGGACAAACAUCGCCCAGUCCGUCACAGCAAUCAAUUAGUCCACCACAUGACAUUGCUAAACCAUUGGCCAGUUAUGGUGGACUCGAUAUUCUCAACAGUUUCAGCUCUGAAUAUAAAGCGGCUAUCCUUCAAGCUGUUCUAUACCAACAAGGUAAACAUUUUUAAAGGCGAAGCCUUUCGAAAUAAAAAAAAUCCAUAUAACAUAUUUUUUUAUUAGCAGGCAUCUUUCAAACAUUACAAAAUAUGAAUGAGCUCAAUCAACAACACGGCGGAGGUGGUGUUCCAGCGAGUCCACUUCAAGCACUCACAUCAACACUUCUCAAUCCAUUGAACCCAUUAUUGGCGUUGAGUCAAAUUUCCAACACCCUACCCACCGGUUUACCAACCGCCAGUCCAGCACUUUCACCGAUUAAAACUGAGCCGUCAUCUUUUCUUCUUCAAUAG